AUGCCGUUCUCGGGCGAGGAGCGGAGCCUGCAGGGGAUCUACAAACCGGGGCCGGCCGAGGGGCGGCCGGUGUGCCCCGAGUGCUACACCAACCGCUCCUUCGUCUACGACGAUGGCAGCGCCCACAGGCUCUCGUCGCCCGGCGGCUGCGGCGGCGGGGACGGCGGCGGGAGCCGCAAGAGCGGGGUCAUUCUGGACAUCGCCUCCCUGAAGAUGACGGAGCUGGAGUCCGAGGUGCUGCCCCUGCCGCCCCGCUACCGCUUCCGCGAUCUGCUGCUGGGGGACCAGUCCUUCCAGAGCGACGACAGGGUGCAGGUCGAGUUCUACGUGAAUGAAAACACCUUCAAGGAGCGGCUGAAGCUCUUCUUCAUCAAAAACCAGCGGUCGAGCCUGAGGAUCCGGCUCUUCAACUUCUCCCUGAAGCUGCUGACGUGCCUGCUGUACAUCGUGCGUGUGCUGCUGGACAACCCCGAGGAGGGCAUCGGCUGCUGGGAAUGUGAGAAGCAGAAUUACACAGCCUUCAACCAGUCCACAAACAUAAACUGGUCCCACAUCUUUUGGGUGGACAGGAAAACCCCUCUGUGGGCAGUGCAGGUCAGCAUUGCCCUCAUCAGCUUCCUGGAGACCAUGCUGCUCAUCUAUCUCAGCUACAAGGGGAACAUCUGGGAGCAGAUUUUUCGCAUUUCCUUCAUCCUGGAGAUGAUCAACACGGUGCCAUUCAUCAUCACGAUAUUCUGGCCUCCUUUGCGGAAUCUGUUCAUCCCCGUGUUUCUGAACUGCUGGCUGGCCAAAUAUGCCCUGGAGAACAUGAUUAACGAUCUGCACAGAGCCAUCCAAAGGACACAGUCAGCAAUGUUUAACCAGGUGCUCAUCCUGAUCUGCACCCUCCUGUGUCUCGUUUUCACGGGGACCUGUGGCAUCCAGCAUUUAGAAAGAGCAGGUGAGAAGCUCUCCCUCUUCAAGUCCUUCUAUUUCUGCAUCGUCACCUUUUCCACCGUGGGCUACGGAGAUGUGACACCAAAGAUUUGGCCUUCCCAGCUCCUCGUGGUGAUCAUGAUCUGCGUGGCCCUGGUGGUGCUGCCUCUCCAGUUCGAGGAGCUCGUCUACCUGUGGAUGGAGCGGCAGAAGUCGGGGGGGAAUUACAGCCGGCACCGCGCGCAGACGGAGAAGCACGUGGUGCUCUGUGUCAGCUCCCUCAAAAUCGACCUCCUCAUGGACUUCCUCAACGAGUUCUACGCCCACCCACGCCUGCAGGAUUACUACGUGGUGAUCCUCUGCCCAACAGAGAUGGACAUCCAGGUGCGGCGCGUGCUGCAGAUCCCCCUGUGGUCCCAGAGGGUGAUUUACCUCCAGGGCUCUGCGCUCAAGGACCAGGACCUCAUGAGAGCCAAGAUGGACAAUGGAGAAGCUUGCUUCAUUCUCAGCAGCCGGAAUGAGGUGGACAGGACAGCAGCAGACCACCAGACCAUCCUGAGGGCCUGGGCUGUCAAAGACUUUGCUCCAAACUGUCCUCUCUACGUUCAGAUCUUAAAGCCAGAAAAUAAAUUCCAUGUCAAGUUUGCUGAUCACGUUGUGUGUGAAGAGGAGUGCAAAUACGCCAUGCUGGCACUGAACUGUGUCUGCCCUGCCACCUCCACCCUCAUCACGCUGCUGGUGCACACCUCCCGUGGCCAGGAGGGCCAGGAGUCCCCGGAGCAGUGGCAGAGGAUGUACGGGCGCUGCUCGGGCAAUGAGGUCUAUCACAUCCGCAUGGGGGACAGCAAAUUCUUCAUGGAGUACGAGGGGAAGAGCUUCACCUACGCUGCCUUCCACGCACACAAGAAGUACGGCGUCUGCCUGAUCGGCAUCCGGAGGGAGGAGAACAAGAGCAUCCUGCUGAACCCCGGCCCGAGGCACAUCAUGGCAGCGUCCGACACCUGCUUCUACAUCAACAUCACCAAGGAGGAGAACUCUGCCUUCAUCUUCAAGCAGGAGGAGAAGCAGAAGAAGAAGGGGUUCGCGGGCAGCUACGACGGCCCCUCGCGGCUGCCCGUGCACAGCAUCAUCGCCAGCAUGGGUACAGUGGCCAUGGACCUGCAGAACACCGAGUGCCGCCCUGCCAACAGCAGCAAGCUGGCGCUGCCGGCCGAGAACGGCUCCGGGGCGCGCCGGCCCAGCAUCGCCCCCGUGCUGGAGCUGGCUGACAGCUCCUCCCUGCUGCCCUGCGACCUCCUCAGCGACCAGUCCGAGGAUGAGAUGACCCAGUCGGACGAGGAGGGCUCGGCGGUCGUGGAGUAUGUGAAGGGCUACCCCCCAAACUCGCCCUACAUCGGGAGCUCCCCGACCCUGUGCCACCUCCUGCCCGAGAAAGCCCCGUUCUGCUGCCUGAGGCUGGACAAGGGCUGCAAACACAACAGCUUCGAGGAUGCCAAAGCCUACGGGUUCAAGAACAAGCUGAUCAUCGUUUCUGCAGAGACGGCUGGGAACGGGCUCUACAACUUCAUCGUGCCGCUGCGGGCGUACUACCGCUCCCGCAAGGAGCUCAACCCCAUCGUGCUGCUGCUGGACAACAAGCCUGAGCAUCACUUUCUGGAGGCCAUCUGCUGUUUCCCCAUGGUUUACUACAUGGAGGGCACCAUUGACAACCUGGACAGUUUGCUGCAGUGUGGCAUCAUCUACGCUGACAACUUGGUGGUGGUGGACAAGGAGAGCACCAUGAGUGCUGAGGAGGACUACAUGGCAGAUGCCAAGACCAUUGUCAACGUCCAGACCAUGUUCAGGCUCUUCCCCAGCCUAAGCAUUAUCACGGAGCUGACCCACCCCUCCAACAUGAGAUUCAUGCAGUUCAGAGCAAAGGACAGUUACUCUCUGGCUCUUUCCAAGCUAGAAAAGAGAGAGCGAGAGAACGGCUCCAACCUGGCCUUCAUGUUCCGGCUGCCCUUCGCUGCAGGGAGGGUCUUCAGCAUCAGCAUGCUGGACACGCUGCUCUACCAGUCGUUCGUCAAGGAUUACAUGAUCACCAUCACUCGGCUGCUGCUGGGCCUCGACACCACGCCGGGCUCCGGGUACCUCUGUGCGAUGAAGAUCACGGAGGAUGACCUGUGGAUCAGGACGUACGGCCGCCUCUUCCAGAAGCUCUGCUCCUCCAGCGCCGAGAUUCCCAUCGGCAUCUACAGGACGGAGUCGCACAUGUUCGCAACCUCCGAGCCUCACGACAUCAGAGCGCAGUCACAGAUCUCAAUCAAUGUUGAGGACUGCGAGGACACCAAGGACGUCAAGGAGCACUGGGGCAUCAAGACGAGCCACCACCGCAACUCGUGUUCCAGCGACCAGUCGGAGCACCCUCUGCUGCGGCGCAAGAGCAUGCAGUGGGCACGGCGGCUCAGCAGGAAGGGCAACAAGCACUCCAGCAAGACGGCCGAGUGGAUCAGCCAGCAGCGCCUCAGCCUCUACCGGCGCUCCGAGCGCCAGGAGCUCUCCGAGCUCGUCAAAAACCGUAUGAAGCACCUGGGCUUGCCCACCACCGGCUACGAGGAUGUAGCAAAUUUAACAGCCAGUGAUGUGAUGAAUCGGGUAAACCUGGGAUAUUUGCAAGACGAGAUGAACGACCACCAGAACACCUUGUCCUACGUCCUGAUCAACCCCCCCCCGGACACGCGGCUGGAGCUCAACGACAUCGUGUACCUGAUCCGCUCCGACCCGCUCGCCCACGUUGCCAACGACGGGCACAGCCGCAAGAGCAGCUGCAGCAACAAGCCGGGCUCCGGCAACCCCGAGACGCGCGACGAGACGCAGCUGUGAGCGGAGCCGAGCCCCGGGCCCGACAGCCCCCGGGAUUUUUAACUUUUUAUACCGAUACCGCAACUAGUGAGGGAGCGUUCGCUGGUGCUGCGGGGCGCGGCUGAGCCCGUGAGCAGGGAUGGGGGGUGUUUAUGGCGCUGGUGAAGAAGAGAGGAAAAUGCACCGGAACUCUGCUUCUCUUCCUCCUCUUCCUUCGCCAGGUGUCCCCUGGUAAACUUCUGCUCCUUCACCCAGUUGGUGUUCUCCAUCCCCUCUGGGUUUCUGCUGGGGAUGCUGGUGGGAUGGGGUGCCGUGGCAGGGCUGCUCCGGGGGUCUCCCAAGCCCAAACACUUCAGCCCAGGGGCUGAGAGCCGGGCUGGCUCUGUGGCAGUGCCUCUGAGCCCCUGGCUUUGUGUCCCCGCUGCUGCUGCUGGGGCUGAGCUGUCUGGGGGAUUUGGGGGUGCUUGUCCUGGGCUGGGCUGUGGUGGUUUGGUGUCUCCACUCGGCCUCUUCCCCUCCAGCCCGGCCAGCCUGGGGUCCCACCCUCUGCCUGUGCCGGCUGUGGCUGCUGUCCCUCCUCCCGGGUCACAGGUCGGUGAUACCACUAAGGCAGCGGGUUCUGCCUGUCCCCAUCCACCCCUGGCAGCUCCAGCCACCCCUGCUCCUCUCUGUGCCCCCUGUCCCCCUGCAGGGACCUGGCACCACCACAAACACCAGAUGUGUUUCCAUCUGCUGUUGAGCAUCCUACAACAUCCAUGUGGAAAGGGUUUAUUUGACUGCCAAGUGAAUAACUGAGUUGUUAACUUUCCAUACUUUUAUGUUCAUCUCUUGCAAGUCCAAUGUGAUUUUUUUUAUAUUUUUUUUUUUUUUUUAGCAAGGAGCUUGUAAAGCACAACAUGGCCAUGAAAUCCCAUCAGCUUCCUGCACUCGCUGCCAGCUGAAUGGUUUAUUGCCAUUAACAUUCACUGUUUGCUCCCCAAUACAUCCCAAUCAAUGUUUACAGAGAAAACAAAAAAGAAAACAAGCCAAAACCUGUUUAAAAUGAGUUUUCAACAGCUGGGGAGAUGCCCCAGCCUAUGGGGAUGUGCUGCCCAUCCUGCCCAUGGCCCUGAGGGAGAACAGAGAUGCCCAGGGUAGGACCAGUGCCAAGGCUGGUAUCACCUCAAGAGGGUGUUGAGAGAGACCUGCUGUGCCUGGAUGAGGUUUGGGGUCCAUAUUUAAUUUUUUUUAUUGUUGUUUUUUCCUGAAGUGCCAGGCAGGAGCCCCUGAAUUGUGGCACAUGCCAGGCUCGGUGAGGUACCACAGGUAAAAGCAAUGAGUGCACCCCUCCCACAUCACUGAGCUGUGGGGACAACCAAAACUGUUUUUAAAGCUUUUUUUGGGGUUGUUUUGAUGGAAUUUUAAUGAUUAGCUUUGUAUGUGCUUGGUUAAGACAGGCACAUGUUUUAUUUAUUUCUGUUUCUAGCUUCACAUGCCAAACCUGUCAUUUAAAAAUGGCAAAAAGAAGUUGUAGAUUAAAAAGUGGGUGGGGUUGAAGUACUAAAGGACACUUUGGUGGGCUCUGUUUUAACCUGGAGCCUCAGGAUGCUCAGAUCAUGGAGUGUUAAUGUACUUAAGUGUCUGCAUUUAAUAUGGAUCAUUUUCCAAACCCCACUUUGCUUUCAAGGGACAAUGGAACAAAGCAGUACUGCAGGUUAAAAAAAAAAACAAAUCAGCAACCAAACAAAAGCUCAGACCCCAGAUGUAACAAAAGGUGUGAUUAUUUGCAUAUAUUUACUGAGAACAUACAAUUUUGAUGAUUUUUUGUUUGUUUGGCUGUGAGCUGUGUGUGGGAGCGCAGGGAAGUGAGUGCAGUUCCUCAGCUCAACCCUCCCACUGCAAGAAAAUUAAAUUGCUUUUAAAAACCCUCAAUUUACUUACAAUUUCACCUCUCACCCUGAGCAGCUAGGUCAGCCAUGUGGCCAAACCCAGGCUCUGUGUUGCAGAGGCUCCACUGGCCGUGGUUGGGUCCCUUCCUGCCUCUUAAUCUGAGGAGGAAACCACAUGCCAAAAGGACUGAAGCAUUUGUGUGGUUUGUGAUAUCAACAAAUUCCUGCAUUUUGAGGAUACUGUUCAGUGUACAAACUCCCUGGAUUUGAGGUGGAAGCUCCGUGUUCAAACCCUCGGCGUUCCUGCUCUGGUGUAAAUUUCCAGCCCAACCUUCCCAUGGGAUGAGGAAAACCCUGUAAAUACUCACCUGUGGGGCAAUGCAAGUCUGAGAACCAAGGGUUCAUUUUUCUAAUUCCUUAGCCUCAGUUACAAUGCUAAUGUAAAAACAAAAGCAGUUUAUUUUUCUAAUGGUCCUGGAAACGUUGAUGCAAAGUUCCUGUGGGGAGAGGGGCACGAGGAGCUUCCUUGGGAAGAGGAGAAUGCCUAUUGCUUCCACCCAUGGAAAAAUGCCAUUUUCUGGAGGAAAUAGUUGUGUUCCAAUGCAGAGACCUGGCAGGCCCUGGGGGAUGCAGGAAUGAGGACAGCUGGGAUAUUUUGGGGUUUUUCAGCAGCGGCUCCGGCGCAGAUUCCGUGUCCACUAACGGUUUGAUACGCUCAAUAUGGACUAAAUCCAUAUAUCCUGCAUUAAACUCAACUACUCAAACCAAUGUUAGGAGUAUAUUUAUUUCCUGUUAUCCCCCUUUUUAUUUAACCUCUAUAGAACAGGACAUUUUUAUUCCAAGCUCAGCUCCUGCAUGGAUUUUUAUCAGCAACAGCAACUCCCGUCUUUCCUCUGGGACACCGAAUUCCGGGAGCUGCUCUGCUGGGAUGCAGCCAGCCAAGGGGAGAGGGUUUUGUACAAUUCUUGUGAAGAUGCUUCACAUUUCUGUAAAGAUAAAUGAAAAUAAAAGAGCUGCAUGCAGCAACAGGAG